CAUGGUUGGAAGAUCGAUCUGGGUGCGGCCGGUUGCGGUUAUUUUGUUUUCUGAGUCCCAUACUUCUUUUUACAAGUUUUUAACCAAACGGAUCUGCUAGCUGGUGGAGAAGACAAACGGAUCAGACUUGUCUCUUUGGUUCAGCUUGAAUGCAAUUCCAUCGGAGUUUCUGCAGCCUGAGCAGCAACAAGUAGUACUGCUAGCUUGCGCAAGAAAUCAGCUUUCAGAUAGCCGAAGCUUUGAGGUGCUUUUGUAUUAAUGGAAAACGAGAGACAUCUUGGUAUUGCUCAGCAGGAUUCCCCUGAAGUUCCAUCUCUCAUCAAGUAUAUAUCAUCAAAUGAAGUGGCCGGCUUUGAUGACAUUAAGUUGGCUAACUUCAUCAAUGAUCAUUGUCAGCCAAGCGAAUCUCAAUCUCUCAGUCCAUCAACUACUGUAAGCGUCUCUGAAAAACAGGGCGAUGAAACUGAACCCAUCUGCCAUCAUCAAAGGGGGCGUUCUAUUUCUAUCAGCAUGCCUCCAUCUCCAGUUGGAGUCCACUUACAGAAAACCAGAAGAGUUCUCUUCAGUGGUGAAACCAUUUUUAAGGAUGGGAUUGCAGAUUCUUCUUGUGUAUCCAAAACUGCUGGCAGUGAUCCACCAAAACAGCUAAAACAUCAUUCUCAGCCAAUGCCAACAAAUGCUGCAUAUGAUAAGGGCGGACAAUUUGCUUACCACCAAAGUAUUGAAAGGUUGAAGGACAAGAGAUUUGAUUCUUUCAAAACAUGGUCUGGGAAACUUGAGAGGCAGAUCACAUUACUGCGUGGAAAGCCAACACUGGAAGCCGGACCCGAGGAGGACACAGGGCGGAGUAGAGAAGUCGAAAUAAAUUUACCUGUGGAUCGGUACUUCGAUGCCUUGGAAGGGCCAGAGCUGGAGACCCUUAAGGCUUCAGAGGAAAUAGUGCUUCCGAAUGAUAAGACAUGGCCAUUUCUUCUACGUUAUCCCAUCUCUUCAUUUGGUAUCUGUCUUGGAGUUAGCAGCCAAGCAAUUAUGUGGAAAGCCCUGGCCACUUCUGCCUCCACAAAAUUUCUUCACAUAAGCCCCGCAGUAAAUCUCGUUUUAUGGUGCAUUUCUAUUACUCUUACUGCCACAGUUGCUUCCACCUACCUUCUGAAAGUGAUUCUCUACUUUGAAGCAGUUCGCCGUGAGUACUACCACCCUAUCCGAAUCAACUUCUUCUUUGCCCCGUGGAUAGCCCUCCUGUUCUUAGCUCUGGGAGUGCCACCUUCAGUUGCUAACAACCUGCCUCCAGCUCUUUGGUAUUUUCUCAUGAUACCAAUUUUCUGUCUUGAGGUUAAGAUCUAUGGACAGUGGAUGUCAGGAGGCCACAGGAGGCUAUCAAGGGUGGCCAAUCCUUCAAACCAUCUCUCUGUAGUCGGAAAUUUUGUGGGGGCAUUACUGGGUGCGUCAAUGGGGCUAAAAGAAGGGCCUAUAUUCUUCUUUUCUGUUGGUUUGGCUCACUACUUGGUCCUAUUUGUAACUCUCUACCAGAGACUUCCAACAAAUGAUACUCUCCCAAAAGAGCUCCAUCCAGUGUUCUUUCUGUUUGUAGCAGUACCAAGCGUUGCUUCAAUGGCAUGGGCAAAGAUUCAAGGCACCUUUGAUUAUGGUGCACGGAUUACUUACUUCAUCGCCCUGUUCCUAUAUUUGUCACUGGGAGUUCGGCUUAACUUUUUCCGAGGGUUCAAGUUCUCACUGGCAUGGUGGGCCUACACUUUCCCAAUGACUGGUGCUGCCAUUGCAACUAUCAGGUACUCAAAUGAAGUACCAAGUGUAGUAACCCAAGUUCUGUCUGUCAUACUAUCUGCCGUUGCUACCCUUACAGUUACGGGUCUGCUUAUAACAACCAUCUUGCACGCCUUUGUUCUCCGAGACCUUUUCCCUAAUGACAUUGCUAUUGCCAUCAGUGACAAGAAACCAAAACCGUUGGGGAAGUGGUUCCAUUUAAGACAUGGCAGCUCAGAUUCCAGAGAUAGAGAAAAUUUCUUAAAAUUUGCAGGCUCAGUUGGCAACAACGAUUUAGAAGCCUCUCGAAAUAUUCCAAGCUCUUAAUUUUGCAGAUAGGCCUAAGGCUUUAGCUUCUAUUAUAAUUAGGCCCAUGUUUCUAUGGCCUUGAGAGUUUGCAUGGUGACAUCGUUCAAUGUCUUUCGCGAUUCACACACACGGGAGGAACAAAAUUUAGGGCUUAAUUUGACAGUUCCAAUGAACAUGUGUACAGAGUGAAUGGACGAUGAUCUAGUACUACUCAUGCGCCGAGUGAUGAAAAACAGUAGCUGAGUUAUUGUAAAUUGUUAGAGAUAUAUGGGUAUUGGGUAAAAACUAAUAUUUUUGUAUUUUCUUCUAAAACGUUCAGUAAUGUAUAGCUGAGAGAAAAAACCAUGGCUUUGAA